UCCAUUAUUUUUUCUUCUGUUUCAACUCGCGAAGAAGAAAAGAAACAUAACGAACGCUUAACAAAAAAAAAAAAAAACGAUACAAAAUGAAAAAUCUCACUUCGAUCUAACAAUAACUGAAAGAAGAAAAAUUAAAUUAAAUCAAAUCAAUUUUCUCUACAAACCCUAGAUUGCGAGAGAAAAGAGAAAAAGCUUCGCAACCAUGUCCGAUGCAUUUUGCAGCGAUUGCAAGCGAGCGACGGAGGUUGUGUUCGAUCAUUCCGCCGGUGAUGCUGUUUGUUCGGAGUGUGGUCUUGUGCUUGAAUCUCACUCCAUUGAUGAAACCUCUGAGUGGCGAACCUUCGCUAACGAAUCCGGCGAUAACGAUCCUGUACGUGUUGGUGGUCCGAACAAUCCUCUUCUCAGCGACGGUGGUUUGUCUACUGUCAUUGCUAAACCUAACGGUGCAUCUGGAGAUUUUCUCUCGUCUUCUCUUGGUCGCUGGCAGAAUCGCGGUUCGAAUAAUGAUCGUGGCUUGAUCCUUGCUUUCAAAACUAUUGGCACCAUGUCAGAGAGGUUGGGACUCGUUCCAACAAUCAAGGAUCGAGCCAAUGAGAUAUAUAAGCGGGUUGAAGAUCAGAAGUCUAGUAGGGGAAGAAAUCAGGACGCGUUAUUGGCUGCUUGCCUCUACAUUGCUUGUCGACAAGAAGACAAGCCGCGCACUGUAAAGGAAAUUUGCUCGAUUGCCAAUGGAGCUACCAAGAAGGAAAUUGGCCGAGCAAAAGAAUACAUUGUGAAACAACUGGGUUUGGAGAAUGGUGGUCAAUCUGUAGAAAUGGGAACAAUUCAUGCUGGGGACUUUAUGAGACGAUUUUGUUCUAAUCUUGGUAUGAAUCACCAAGCUAUUAAAGCUGCUCAAGAAUCUGUUCAGAAAUCAGAAGAAUUUGAUAUAAGGAGAAGUCCCAUAUCAAUUGCUGCAGCUGUUAUAUACAUCAUUACUCAGCUUUCGGAUGAUAAAAAACCUCUCAAAGAUAUAUCAGUUGCCACAGGAGUUGCAGAAGGAACCAUUAGGAACUCAUACAAGGAUCUUUAUCCCCAUGUUUCAAAGAUAAUACCAAGCUGGUAUGCAAAGGAAGAGGAUUUAAAGAACCUUUGCAGCCCUUAAAAAACAAAACAGUAGCGGCCAUAUUUAAACAACCUAGAUGUCAUUGAAACAGUUGUAUUGGAUGUAUUGAACUUUUGUUUACUUUUUGUCUGAAAUGAAAGCGCCUCUUAAUUAUUAUAAUAAUAAUUAUAAUUAUAAUUUUGAAAUUUCUGUUGUAAUUAAUUGCUUCGAUGGAUA